CCUUCGUGAUGGCAUUAUUAAAUGUUAUUCUUAGGUUGUCGGUUACUCAUCACUAAAAUAAAUUAAUCACAAUUUACUAAAAAAUGUCGAGUUACAUAUACUAUACUUCGAACACCAGCCUAAAAGCAGAUUUGAAAAAGUUUCUAAAAUGCAGAUAGCAUAGGAGCAUUAUAAUCAAUGAUAGCAGACAGAUCACAGAACCAGAAGCAGACUGCGAGCAGACUAAAUAAAAGGAAAAGGGGACGUCUGAACAUUUAUACAUUGUUGGAACCUAGGCCUAGCAUAAUUUUUAGUGUGACGAGCUAUGGGUGUCAGAGGACUUACAACAUACAUUAAAACCAAUGAAAAGAAGUUUUUAAAACUCCACAAGCUACACAAUUGCACUAUUUUGUUGGAUGGAAAUAGCAUUGCUGCUAAUUUAUUCAUUUGGAGCAGCAUUGAGUCUGCCUUUGGUGGAGACUACGACAAGUUUGCUAAAUAUGUCAAAGAGUUCUUUAAACUUCUACAGAAGUGCAAGAUAAAACCUUUUGUGUUGUUUGACGGAGGUUAUGAACAAAGAAAAUUAAAGACUGUAUACUCUCGAUUAAGAGAAAAGUUUAGAACAGCAUGCCAAGCACAACCAUUUACUGGUUCCUUGAACUUCCCUCUGUUCAUGAGAAUUGUUUUCCGAGAAGUAAUGGUUGAAUUGAAUAUCCCAUUUGCACAAAGUGAUUUUGAAGCAGACGAUGAAUUAGCUGCUUUGGCCAGGCAACUGAAAUGUCCUGUCCUGAGUUACGAUUCUGACUUCUACAUUUAUGAUAUCCUCUACAUUCCUCUACCCUCACUUAAUCUUAUUCCUGUAGAAUUCAACAAAAGUGACUGUCAAGAUGUUGGACCAAAAUAUUACCUAGAAUGCAAAAUAUAUAGUGUUGAUGUGUUUAUUGAAAGUUUUGGUGGGCUUGAUAGAAAUAUGCUGCCUCUUUUAGCUGCCCUUCUUGGAAAUGAUUACAUCAAGCGUUCGGUUUUCAAAAAGUUCUAUACCAACCUGAAAAUUCCCAAGGGCAAAACAAACCAUCUCCAAAGAAGGAUUAAAGCGGUGAUUGAAUGGUUGAGACAUGAAACAUUCGAAACUGCCGUACACAAGAUACUGUGCCGUAUGAGGAAAAACCACAGAAGAUUUGUCAAAAGGCAACUAAAGAGAAUUGUCCAGGGUUAUGUUCAGUGUGAGAGCAUAUUAAGCGAAUAUCUGGGACUAGAACUUUACACAAAGAGCACAGAAAGUUUCAGUGUGUUGCCAAACUCAAGUCUCAGUAAAGUUGAUUCGUCAAUGGUCAACAUUAUAGAGCGUAUAAAUGUGGACUCCAUAGAGGAAGAAACUCUGGCUGAUGUGGACAAUAAUGAUGUAUCCUCGUCAAGCGAAGAAGAUUCCUGUGAAGAAUCUGAUGCAGACGAUAGUCCCGAAGGUGAUUACAACACAGCCAACCUUAUCAAAAACGACAGUGUAAAUGAAGUCUGUAGCUCAGUAACAAUUUGCAAUGGCAACAAUACCAAUGUUCCAUAUUGGUUACUCGAUUUUGCAAGAAAAGGGAAAAUCCAGUCUUGUGUUUUUGAUAUUUUGACUCUGCAGCAAUAUUUUUUCCUACCUCAAGUUGAGGACUUUACUCUUCCUCCUUCUCACCUUAUCAGCUUGAAACUUCUGAAUGCGAUUGUAGGGCUGUUACAAGGAGAAAAUGGAAAUCUAGUCAAGUAUUGGACAAGAAAUGGUUCUCAGUUGUGUUCAUACAACUUGGAGCCUAUUACUGCAACUCCCACUUCACAGUUUCCUCAGUGUGAAAGAAUCCCUGAUAUAAGUCAGGACAUUCGCAAAGCGUUGAUCUUGGAAGUUGCAGAAGCUGAUUUAGAUUUAACCUCAGUACCUGAAGAUUGGCAUUUGUUUCUUAUUGCCCUUGUGUUUUGGUUAAAAAACAUGAAACAGCCUGCACCAUCGGAAGCUUACUUGCAUACCAUGGUCAUGUGUUUGGUAGGAAUUUAUACGGUAGAUAGUUCCAUCGGAGUGUAUAGAAAUAGGCAGACGUUCAUGCGCAAGUACAGAAACUUUUUGAAUAAAGUUGUUGAAGCGAGAAGUAGAGAGAAACAAAAAUUGAAAGAUAGUAAUGAGGAGAGUGAAAUAGAAAACGAGAUUGAAAGUUCAGAUCUUAGCAAUCAGUUGAAGAGCGUUUCUAGCGAAGACUGUGUUUUAAUAAUUGAAACUAUUCUGCCUUAUCAUCAUGUUAGUGAACAAGUUAAAAUGAAACCAAAACUGUUUUGUUUAUCAACAGUUCAUGCCUUCGCUCAAUUUCAAAGUAGUUUGCUUCACCUGAUGAUUUUAAAUUCUAUACUGGGAUAUCCUUUGAAAGAUAGUUUUGUAUCAAAACUAUUUUCUGGGACUUUUGUCUACAAUGUCUUCCAAAAUUUUUCCAAACGCAACAACAUUGGGUUGUAUGUAGAGACACUACUCAGAACUUCUCCUUCUCUACUUAAACUGUACAAGAGUUUAGUUUGUUAUCUACAAAAAUACUUGAACAGUGUUGCUCUUAUUGAAAAUCCCACUAAAAGUCGUAGGAAAAAGAAGAAAGACAACAAAAGACUAAAAUUAGAACAAUCUCACGAAAGACGACCAGAAGAGGAAGAAAGCAGUGAAAUGUUUAUUGACGACAACAACAGAUUUUCAGGACUCUGUCUUGAGGAAACAUAAUUUGUUAAGGCUACCUAUUCAUAGCCUGCAAGAAAACAUAAUUUAUAUUUUACUCAAUAAGAUAAGUCCCUGUCUUGCAUUUUAAUACAAAGAUGUCUACAUCUUUUUAUAUCAAGUAAAACAUAUGUACUUAUGAGGCUAGUUUUAAAAUAUAACAACUCAAAAAUGAAUUAAUAGGAAAAAAUUUACAGUAAUUCUGAAACCAUCAUAAUCAUUAAUUAAUUAACUAUUAAACCAUUAUACUGUACCUACAACAUUUGUAUUAUACCAAGGCCACACUAAAAAACACGCCGUAAUGCUCCUCAAGCAUGACGUCACGAUAGAAGACGGCAAUGACGUAAUGUUUGCCGUUUUUGAUCAGCUGCUUGUUUUAAUCUUUGCUUGGAAAAUAAAUAAAUACCUCAUUGCCGCCUUCUAUCGUGACGUCACGCUUGACGAGCAUUACGGCCUGUUAUUUUUAGUGUGGCCUUGAUUAUACCCAUAUAAAGUGAUGUAGCAAUAGAAUUAAAUAUUUAUUUAAUCUUAUAUUGUUAUGAUUAAUUUUUGAAAUAAAUAAAU